AUGUUUGGUUCAAAAUACCCAGCUGCCGUAGUAUUUGAUUUGGACUACACUUUAUGGCCCUGUUGGUGUGACACUCAUAUAACCCCUCCAUUGAAAUCAAUAUCAUCAUCAGAGAUUGUCGAUGCUUCAGGCAUGCGAUUAGCAUUUUAUCCCCAAGUAGAAUCAAUAAUACAUGAACUAGUGGCAAACGAUGUCACCGUUAUUGGAGCUAGUCGAACAGCAACUCCGCAAGUGGCCAAGAAAAUCUUGUCCAUGCUUCAAAUUGAUGGUAAGUCAGCAAUCCAUUACUUUGAUGCUCUUGAAUGGGGACAAGGGUCAAAAACCAAACACAUUAAACUUGCAGCAAAACAACUUGGAAUGGCUAGCGAGUUAGAGCAAGGGAAGUUUAUUCUAUUCGAUGAUGAGUUGAGAAAUCGGGAUGUAUCGAGUAUCAAUUGUCAUUUUGUUCAUGUUCCUGAUGAAUCUCUGGGGUUGACUAGAAAUGUAUUUGAGAAAGGAUUGGAAUCAUAUAGAGCAAAGCAGAAUAAAUAG